AUGAGAGGAGAGGUUUGCCAUAUUCACAUUGGUCAGGCUGGUGUCCAGCUUGGUAACAGCGCCUGGGAGCUGUACUCGCUCGAGCACGGUCUUCUCCCAGACGGCCGACGUGACCCCGAAAAGAAGGCUCUCUCCGAUGGUGGUUCUUUCGAUACCUUCUUCAGUGAGUCCCAGAAUGGGAAAUACGUCCCUCGUUCCAUUUUCGUCGAUCUCGACCCAUCGCCGAUCGAUGAGAUCAGGAGCGGCGGCUUCAAGUCCUUCUUCCACCCUGAACUUUUGGUCAGUGGCAAGGAGGACUCCGCGAACAACUAUGCUCGUGGACACUACACUAUCGGAAAAGAGUUGGUAGAAGUAGUCGAAGACAAGCUACGUCGUGUCGCCGACAACUGCUCCAGUCUUCAAGGUUUCCUCGUCUUUCACUCCUUUGGCGGUGGUACUGGAUCCGGCUUUGGUGCUUUGCUCUUGGAGAGACUCGCCACAGACUUCGCGAAGAAGUCGAAGCUAGAAUUCGCCGUCUAUCCCUCCCCCAAGGUUUCGACUGCCAUUGUUGAACCAUACAAUGCUGUGCUCUCUACCCACAGCACCAUCGAGCACUCCGACUGCUCCUUCCUCGUUGACAACGAAGCUGUCUACGACAUCUGCCGAAGAAGUUUGGAUGUCGGCCGUCCAACCUUUGAGCAUUUGAAUAGAUUGAUUGCUCAAAUCGUUUCUUCUAUUACUUCGUCUCUCAGAUUUGACGGUGCCUUGAACGUCGAUCUCAACGAAUUCCAGACCAAUCUCGUCCCGUACCCAAGAAUUCACUAUCCUCUUAUCAGCUAUGCGCCAGUUGUUUCUGCAAAGAAGAGCAACCACGAAAGCUUCGCCGUCAAGGACUUGACCCUCGCAUGCUUCGAACCAAACAAUCAGAUGGUUGUCUGCGACCCAAGGAACGGAAAAUACAUGGCCGUUGCGCUUUUGUACCGUGGAGACGUCAAUUCCAAUGACGCCAACGCCGCCGUUGCCCACGUCAAGGCCAAGGCCAACUUCAACCUUGUUGAAUGGUGCCCAACCGGUUUCAAGAUCGGUAUCAACUACCAGAAACCCGUCCAGGUUCCUGGAAGCGAACUCUCCGAUGUCAGCCGUAGCGUCAGCAUGCUUUCCAACACUACUGCAAUUGCUGAGGCCUGGGCUCGAUUGGACCACAAAUUCGAUCUCAUGUAUGCUAAGCGUGCUUUCGUCCACUGGUAUGUCGGUGAGGGUAUGGAGGAAGGUGAAUUUUCUGAAGCUCGCGAGGAUCUUGCUGCUCUCGAGAAGGACUACGAGGAAGUCGCCAACGACACUGUCGAGACUGAAGAAGCCGAGUAUUAA